AUGGCAAGCAACAAUGCAAAAUUGGGUAACGCCUAUCAUAUGUUAGGAGAACAUCAGAAUGCCAUUGACUAUCACAACACAAAUCUUGAAAUAAGCACUGCUAUUGGCGACAGACUAGGAAUAGCAAGAAGCAACAGCAAUUUGGGCAAUGUUUAUGAUAGUAAAGGAGAAUAUCAGAAGGCCAUUGACUAUCACAAAAAAGAUCUAGAAAUAAGCACUACUAUUGGCGAUCGAUCAGGAAUAGCAAGAAGCAAUGGCAAUUUGGGCAAUGUCUAUGAUAGUUUAGGAGAAUACCAGAAGGCCAUUACUUAUCACAAAAAAGAUCUAGAAAUAAGCACUGCUAUUGGCGAUCAAUCAGGAAUAGCAAGGAGCAAUGCAAAAUUGGGAAAUGUUUAUCAUAGGUUAGGAGAAUAUCAGAAUGCCAUUGUCUAUCACAAAAAAAAUCUUGAAAUAAGCACUGCUAUUGAAGAUCGAUUAGGAAUAGCAAGAAGCAACUGCAAUUUGGGCACUGCCUAUCACAGGUUAGGAGAAUAUCAGAAGGCCAUUGACUAUAACAAAAAAUAUCUAGAAAUAAGCACUUCUAUUGGCUAUCGAUCAGGAAUAGCAAAAAGCAAUGGUAAUUUGGGCAAUGCCUAUCAUAGGUUAGGAGAAUAUCACAAGGCCAUUGGCUAUCACAAAAAAGAUCUGGAAAUAAGCACUGCUAUUGGCGAUCGAUCAGGAAUAGAAAGAAGCAAUGGCAAUUUGGGCAAUGCCUAUCAUAGUUUAGGAGAAUAUCAGAAGGCCAUUGACUAUCACAAAAAAGAUCUAGAAAUAAGCACUGCUAUUGGCGAUCGCUCAGGGAUAGCAAGAAGCAGUUGCAAUUUGGGCAAUGCCUAUGAUAGUUUAGGAGAGCAUCAGAAGGCCAUUGACUAUCACAAAAAAGAUCUAGAAAUAAGCACUGCUAUUGGCGAUCAAUCAGGAAUAGCAAGAAGCAAUGGCAAUUUGGGCAAUGCCUAUGAUAGUUUAGGAGAAUAUCAGAAGGCCACUGUCUAUCACAAAAAAGAUCUAGAAAUAAGCACUGCUAUUGGCGAUCGAUCAGGAAUAGCAAGCAGCAAUGGCAAUUUGGGCAAUGCCUAUUACAGGUUAGGAGAAUAUACGAAGGCCAUUCACUAUCACAAAAAAAAUCUAGAAAUAAGCACUGCUAUAGCCGAUCUAUCAGGAGUAGCAAGCAGCAAUGGCAAUUUGGGCAAUGCCUUUGAUAGUUUAGGAGAAUACCAGAAGGCCAUUGACUAUCACAAAAAAGGUCUGGAAAUAAGCACUGCUAUUCACGAUAGAUCAGGAAUAGCAAAGAGUAAUGGCAAUUUGGGCAAUGUCUACGAUAGUUUAGGAGAAUAUGAGAAGGCCAUUGACUAUCACAAAAAACAUCUAGAAAUAAGCAUUGCUAUUGGCGAUCGGUCAGGAAUUGCAAAAAGCAAUGGCAAUUUGGGCAAUGCUUAUCAUAGUUUAGGAGAAUAUCAGAAGGCUAUUGAUCGUCACAAAAAAGAUCUAGAAAUAAGCACUGCUAUUGGCGAUCGGUCAGGAAUUGCAAGAAGCAAUGGCAAUUUGGGCAAUGCCUAUUAUAGGUUAGGAGAAUAUCAGAAGGCCAUUGACUAUCACAAAAAAGAUCUAGAAAUAAGCACUGCUAUAGGCUAUCGGUCAGGAAUAGCAAGCAGCUAUGCCAAUUUGGGCAAUGCCUAUCAUAGUUUAGGGGAAUAUCAGAAAGCCAUAAACUAUCGCAAAAAAGAUCUGGAAAUAAGCACUGCUAUUGGCGAUCGAUCAGGAGUAGCAAGAAGCAAUGGCAAUUUGGGCAGUGCUUAUAAUCGUUUAGGAGAAUAUCAAAAGGCCAUUGACUAUCACAAAAAAGACCUAGAAAUUAGCACUGCUAUUGGCGAUCGAUCAGGAAUAGCAAGAGGAAACUGCAAUUUGGGCAAUGCCUAUCAUAAUUUAGGAGAAUAUCAGAAGGCCAUUGACUAUCACAAAAUAGAUCUAGAAGUAAGCACUGCUAUUGGCGCUCGUUCAGAAAUAGCAAUCAGCAAUGGCAAUUUGGGCAAUGCCUAUGAUAGUUUAGGAGAAUAUCAGAAGGCGAUUGAAUAUCACAAAAAAGGUCUAGAAAUAAGCACUGUUAUUGGCGAUAGAUUAGGAAUAGCAAGAGGCAAUAACAAUUUGGGCAAUGCGUAUCAUAGUUUAGGAGAAUAUCAAAAGGCCAUUGACUGUCACAAAAUAGGGCUAGAAAUAAGCACUGUUAUUGACGAUCGAUCAGGAAAAGCAAGAAGCAAUUGCAAUUUGGGCAAUGCGUAUCAAUGUUUAGGAGAAUAUCAGAAGGCCAUUGACCAUCGCAAAAUAGGUCUAGAGAUAAGUAUAGCCACUGGCGAUCAGUCAGGAAUAGCAAUUUGCCACGCUAAUUUAGGAUAUGUCCAUCGCUGUCUAGAAGAGUAUGAAGUUGCAACAUUUCACCUAAUAAAAUCGAUUAGUUUUUUUGAUGAAAUGUUUUUAGGUUCAGUUCCCGAACAAAAUCAACUGGCAUUCGUGAAGCAAUAUUUCGUAUCUCAUACAAUUUUAAUGGGUUGUUUCCUUUCGUUGGAGCGCGCGGAGUCCGCAUUAUUAGUCAUUGACCUUGGUAGGUCUAAAGAGCUCCAUUUCUGCAUUGAAAAGCGUAGGAAUUCUGUUGGUAAGGAGUUGUUCGAUUAUGCUCGCGCGAUAUGGAAUAGAAUUGAAGCCAGAGAAGAGCAAAUAGAAAUAGAAGGAUUGCAAACUCUUCUCCACCUAGGAAAAAAUGAUACAUCAAUUUUAGUAUUCGCUUUUGAUUCGGAAGGUUUUCUUAAUACUUGGGUUUUAGCUGACAAAGUUAUCUUCAGAAAAGUAUUAGACGCACGUCGGGAAACAUUUCUUUUGCUAAUUAUGGAACUUCUUGGAAGGGUGGAUGUUAAUAUUGAUCGAAAUUCUUCGUUUUACAUGCUCGAUUCUGUUCCUCAUACUAAUAAUCAAGUGAUAUCUCCUUUUGAGAUCCCAGGCGGAACGCCUGCGUCUAAAAAUGCGGUUGACAAUCCUGCUAGCUAUAGUCAUUUCUUUGAUCGAGACAUUUUGAAAAUGUUGUUUAAACUUUUAGUUGAUCCUGUGAAAGAUAUCGCUCAAGGCAAUAAGCUCAUUAUUGUCCCUGACCCGCUGUUGUUUUUUGCACCAUUUUCAGCACUGAUUGAUGAAAAUGGCUCAUAUUUAUCCAGCAGUUACAGUGUUCAAAUUUCGCCUUCAUUGCAUACUCUAAAGACUACGAUGGAACAAUCCUUUGACUCAAACUUUGGAUUUGCUUUGUUUGUUGGUAAUCCAACUGUUGGAAAAGUUAAUUUAAACGGAAAAGAUGUUACUCCAGCUGACCUGCCCAAUGCCGCUGAAGAAGUUAAAUGUCUCUCAAAGUUUUUCCAAGCAAGGCCUUUAUUAGGACGCGAGGCAACAAAACAGGUAGUAUUGCAGCUUUUAACUGGGGCUAGUAUAAUCCAUAUAGCUGCCCAUGGAGAACCGACUCGAGGUGAAAUAAUGCUUGCUUCGAAUUUUUCUCUUACUGAACAUUGCUCAUCUGUUGCUAAACCAGAAUCAUACCUUCUCACGCAGGGAGAUAUUCUAGAUAUUUCUGUGCCAGCUCGCUUAGUUGUUUUAUGUUGUUGCCAUACCGGGCAAGGUGAAAUUACUUCAGAAGGUGUCAUAGGUAUAACUCGAGCGUUUCUUGCAGCUGGGGCACGCUGUGUUCUUGCCACACUGUGGCCUAUUAGCGAUUAUGCCACAAAGGAAUUCAUGGAGAAAUUUUAUGGUGAACUUUGCCAUGAAACACCAGUUUGUGAAGCUUUACGAAGAACAAUGAACUUCUUUCAGACACAUGAAAAAGAGGGUUACCGGUCCAGUUGGAUCUGGGCUCCGUUUACCAUCUAUGGGCAGGAUGUGAAGUUUGGAAAAAAUGAGAUUGAAAAAAUUAGGGAAAAAUCGCAUGAGUUUUUUUCCAGUUUUGUUGUAGUAUGA